CAGACAGGAAGCACAGAUCCUGUGAUCCAAUCAGCAGCUUGGAGAGCGCAUGCACAUUCCAGAGGAAACCUUCCACUUCCUGUCAUUUAGUUUGCCCUAGGGUUGAGGUCUGAGAUAGUAGGUUGUGUGUGUAUACUUGUGUUUGUUUGUGUGUGUGUGUCCUUUGCCCUCCAUGCUCAGUCCUAGCCUCAGAAAGUUCUAGCUUUCAGACCAGGGUUCAGUAGGUAGCAGAGCAGUGCAGAGUGAGGAGGGUGCAGUCAUGGACCUGUUGCCGGUGCUGCUGUCCAAGGCCAGCCAGCUGAGAGAGAACCCAGUGCUGCAGAACCUGAGGAAGAGGAUAAGCAGGAGCACCAUGGCUGCGGUGGAGGUGUCAUGGCCGAUCCCCAUGAGGGCUAUUGGGGCCCAGAACCUGCUGACCAUGCCUGGGGGAGUGUCCUGCUCCGGGUACAUGCACAAGAAGGGAGGCAGCCAGUUCAGCCUCAGGAAAUGGCCCCUGCGUUACAUCAUCUUGCACAAGGGGUGUCUGUACUACUUCAAGAGCAGUACCUCUGCUGCACCACAGGGGGCCUUCUCCCUCAACGGGUACAACAGGGUGAUGCGAGCGGCCGAGGAAACCACCUCCAGCAACGUGUUCCCCUUCAAGGUCGUCCACUUCAGCAAGAAGCAUCGCACCUGGCUGUUCUCCGCCGCCAGCGAGGACGAGAGGAGGAAGUGGAUGAGGACCCUGCGCAGAGAGAUCGACUACUACAACGACAGGACGGACUCCUUCACUUCCAGCGAUCCAGACUCUGAUGCAGACAGUUUCUAUGGGUCAGUUGAGCAGCCGCUGAAUAUAAACCACACCCCCCACAACCCUGAGGACGAUUACAUGGUGGACGAUGAUGAUGAUGAGGACGAUGAUUAUGAAAAACCAGACGAUUCACCUACUUCUUCAGGCAAGCCGACUGCUCCGCCCCCCUCCUACCCUCCUCCGCCAGUCCCAGGCCAGAAUAGACAAGACUCAGCCUCUUCUUACCUCUUACAUAAGUCCCUCCCCCCUCCCGUGCCCUUACCCAACAGGACCUCCACCAGCACUGUGUUCAAGAAACCCCCCCCACCCAAGCACACAGAAACACCCAUCAGCAAAGGUCCCCCGCCACCUCUGCCCUUUGCCCCCCAUCUCCCUAAGCCCUGUUUGGACAGGAGUCCCCCCUCGCUCUCGCCCAGCCCCGCCCCCCCUCCGCCCCCCCCGGCCAGUCUCAAGAAGCCAGCCUUGGGGAGAAUGUCAAGCACCUUGCCUGUUGGGGGCGAUCAACGGGACCGGGUCGCUGUGAGCGUGAGCCUCAAGUCCCCCGCCACCCUCCCCAUCUGCAAUGACCUGAAGAACAGGAUGGUCCUCGACGACCUCGCCCCCACCCCCGGUUACCACGGCAACAACCACCGAAGCUCCCCGGCGCCGUCGCCCCAGUUCUGCUAUCCAACCCACCUCCCGCCUCUUACCCCCUCUCGGCACACCCUCGCUGUCCCCAGGAUCAAGCCUCCCGGGAGCCCCAAGCCCCCCCUGCCCUCAAACAAGACCAGGGGAUCCUCCAUGCAAAGAGCUUCUCCUGAAGGGCAGAGCUUCAGAGCCUCCAUAGAGGAGAAGCCUUCCUGCAGCCCAAGCCCCAGGAUCCAGCCCGACUCUGAUGAAGACUAUGAGAAUGUCCAGCUGCCGGACUCUGUAUUUGUGGACACCACAGAGACUGGCAGUGUUGAAAGGAUGUUUAAAGAAAAUUGUGGAUUUCCAUCGGAUGGUCUCUACUGUAUCAGAAACUCUGGAACAAAAACUUCAAAGGUUCUAGUGGUGUGGGACGUCAGUCUGAAAAAGGCCAGAAACUACCGUGUGUUUGAAGAGAUGUCACGCGUGUUCCUGGAGACAGACAUGACCUUCCCAUCUCUGGCAGCCCUAGUGGAGCACUACUACAUUCACCCACUGCCCAACCACGGCUCCCUGUGCCUGCAGCAGCCCUACGGAUACACUGUCCCCAGGUGACCCGGACCCCGGAUCCUCCAUCCAUCCCAACCACGGCUCCCUGUGUCUGCAGCAACCUUGCAGAUACAAUGUUCCCAGGAUACACUGACCCUUGACCCCACACCAGGUGUUGCCCUGCGCUAUCGACCCCAAAUCCGGAGGACCAACCUGGCAUGAGGGCGUGUGGACUGUGAGAAGUAAAUGACUACUUCCACACCAAGCCUGAAAGUGCCUUGCUCAAACACAGCAAAGGUCCCACACAUUUCACAUCAUUGAAGUCCAAACACAUUUCGCUUGGAGAGUAAUCACACACACCAACAGGACCAGUCAAAUCUUGCAGUGUGGAUGGCGCCUCACCAGGGGGACCUUGGGUCUUACGGGAUAGUCUUCAAACCACCUCAGCUACCUGUGCUGACAGCAGCCAGCCCCGGACUUGCUGGCAGUGCAGCAGGGAACCACCAGGGAGCAGCCUGGAGCUACAGUAAACACAACUCCAAACACAACUCCAGUGACUGAUUGAUACACCUCACCUUGGUUUGUUAUGGAAACAAACCCUAUAGAAGUCGAUGCUGUUAAACCAACUAGGGCUGUAGAACACAACAGAGCUAAAUGGACUCUACUGGACUUCUACAGAAACACUGUUUCAAAUUAUAUCUGUAUUCACACAUUUACUGUUGCACUGUAUACUGCUGUAUAUCUUUGACAAACUGUUCCUGUACAUGCUGUAAAAUGACAUCUGUAAAGUUGUAAAUAUACACUUUUUAUAUUCA